AAACGAUGUCCAUUAAUUUUCCAAGCUCGAAGCUGUCCUGCCUGUUGUUUGUUGUUUGCUGUUGCGCCGAUACCCAAUAUGAGUGGCCAGUGGUUUGCGAUUGCGUGUGUGCUGGCAGUGGGCAGCACUGCAGCUCUUGCCGAUCCUCUCCCUCGCCUGAACAUCGACAUUGACGCCAUCUCUGUUGCUGGCAUCAGUGCUGGUGGAGCGUUUGCAUCCCAGUUCCAUGUUGCGCACAGCUCGAACCUUGUGGGGGCGGCCAUCUUUGCCGGCCCACCGUACGACUGCGCCCACGCCAACAUGGAAGCCGCCCUGAUGAACUGCAUGAAGGAGCCCAUGCUGAUCCAGGUGGACAAGCUGGUCCAGGCCGCAAAGACCGCGGCAACACUCAACGCCAUCGACGACACCUCCAACAUGAGCGGGGACAAGGUCUGGAUCUGGACGGGCAAGCGCGACACGGUUGUCAAGUCCGGCGUUGUUGAGAAGACAAAGGAGUUCUACGAGCGCUUCGUGAACAACACCAGCAACAUCAAGUACAUCGACAGCUACCCUGCGGAGCACGCCUGGAUCACCACCACGUAUGGCCACUCGUGCGACUUCCUGGGCGACCCGUACAUCAACAACUGCAGCUUCGACGCCGUGGGCGACUUCCUCAACCACAUCUACGACGGCAACAUCAAGCCCGCAGGCACCUUUGUUCCCGGCAACAUGCUGCGCUUCGAGCAGUCCCAGUAUGUCAAGACCGGUAGCCCCGGCCACAUCAGCUUUGGCGAGGCCGGGUUUGCGUACAUUCCGCGCCAGUGCUCCAGCGGCACCAAGUGCCGUCUCGUUGUCACCUUCCAUGGCUGCAACCAGGACAUUGGCACCAUUGGCGAGGAGUUUGUCGUCCACAACGGUCUCAACGAGUACGCCGAAACCAACAACCUCGUCAUCCUCUACCCACAGGUGAAGAAGUCCAUGAUGAUGCCGGAGAAUCCACAAGGCUGCUUUGACUGGUGGGGCUACACGGACCUCAAAUACACCGUCAAGGCCGGUCCCCAGCUGCAGGCGGUGACCAACAUGGUCGUCGCCAUCACGGGCCAGUUUGGCGGCAUUCGCCUCGACUAAACCAAACCAAGCAAGAUGGCCGGCGAGCCAGGACCGCGGCUUCUUGCCCGUACCCUUGCUGCGUUCAACACCCCUCCCUUGUUCACCUGCACCAGCACCUGUUCACCCAUCAACCGACCUGCUUUGUGUGUCGUCCUGUCGCUGUCGCUGUCGCUGUCUUGUCCUGUCAAGGCUGUUGCUGUUUGUAUGACACACAAAUGGCUUGUUUCGGUCCACGCUUCCCCAAGUCCACUCUCAUCACGACAACACCUGUCGUCAACGUGACAUGAAAUGGAGCACCAACACGCCAAGAGUCGCAUCACAUCAAUCACAUCCCA